GCUGAGGAGACGACACACUACGAUAGAACUGGCUGACUGCCGCAGCCCAUGCCGGCGUACAGUAUCUGCGGAUAGAAAACUGCGCCGCCUUCACUGAGGUGCUGGUUGAGGCUUGAGGCUUCGGCAUCGUGGCGUGAGCGGUAGUCGAGGCAGGAACAGCGCAUCGAAUGAAAGCCGACGGUAAUGGAGGAUUUCACCGAGACAACUCCUCGCCCUCGGAGGCUGAUGUCGUUGACCUCUGCGGUUCAUCUUAGUAGCAUAGUCCUGCGACUGGCUGCUGCUCAGCUGCUCCUAUGCCAGGUCGUAUGGCUAUGGCCAUCAUGGGUGCUGGCAGUCGGUUCUCAGUCUCAACAAGGCUCAGCAUGGCGGCAGGUAAAGCCCUGGAAGGAUCGCAUAGAGUCGCCCGAACAGUUGCUGACCACGGUGGGGGAGGCGCAGCCUGCGCAGCAAGUCUGUGUCUACUUCCAUUCCGGCUCAUUCAUAGCAGGGACAGAGAGCUCUCAGGUCAAGAAAGAGGCGGCCAUUGGGACGGCAAUAUCUCUAGUUCAGCACCAGCGACAUGCUGUUGGCCAGAACAUGGUGUUCUACACAUGCCAUGCUCCUAGCGCCAGCUAUAUACGGGAACCUGUUAGCUCUGCAUCGAUCAGUACUAGUCGGCUUGCUGCAGAGUUCAUGCCAAGGAUAUACCCAGCGCUGGUCUGUUACAGAAGCCUACUUGAUUCCUCUUUGUUUCAUCUGCCGGCCACUAGCACCCAGCCCAACUUUGGAGCGCUAUCGGUGUGGCUUGAUCAACAGUUGACUGAUAGGUCACGGAGGUUUCUGCAUGCUUUUCCAGUGGACGACAGGAAUGCUGUCAACAGCUGUCUUGACGAUGGCCAACUCUGUGCGAUUGCCUAUGUACCACAUGUGAUGCUUGGCGACGCGUUGGAAGAGUUGCUCAAGAACUUUACACGGGUUUGUCACAAUGUUGUAUUACACUGCCUCAUAGUUUCACCAGCAUACCCAGAACUAGGAAGUCUGAUAUCCGAUGACAACACUGGUCAUGUGUGGUCUAGCGGUGCUGUUUGGCUUGUCAACACACAACACAGUGGUAAGAUGCUGUUCGAUUUUGACGCACCGGGAAUGCUGCGGUUCCAACUGCACGCUAUCAUGAGCGGCAACAGUCCCGUACUCCUAACAACCGAAACAUUCUCUUCGUAUGUCAACGGUGAACAUCCAUGGAUAGUAGUAUUUGUAAACUGCAAUGGAGAUCUUCAGCUGAUUACUCUAUCGAUCCAUCUGAUCCAGUUGCUUGAGAGGCUUUCAUCGAACCUCACCAAGCGAGGGGUUAUUCCUGGCAUGCGGUUUGGAGUGGUUGACUCAGCAUGCUCUGGAGCAGUACUGGAAUCGGCGGUUCAACCAGAUCUGCUCACUGGCUUGCCCCUAGCAAUACUGUUUCCAGACAAGCAAGGAUCAGCAAGGCGAUUAGAACAGCGUGGUUUGGACAUCAACGAGCUCUCUUCUUCUGCCACCGCAGUAGAUUAUCUUGUUCGCAUAGUAUCUGGCAAUCCAGAACAACCGAGUAUUCAUGUGCAUGCACGCCAGACAUGUUCUUCCGGCAAACCAGACCCUGUCAUGCAAGCCCAUUACAAUUACAAGGAGGUUCCACUGUUCAACAACUCCGCUCGCCAAUGCCUGGUUGGCCGUGAGCACUUUGGUGGGCCAAGCACGGGGGCAUGGAAAGUGAGAGGAAAUUCAGACCAUCCCCGCAGUACUAUGAACUUCACCAACGAGCCUGUCAACCCAACGUAUGUGCUUCAGGAAGUAGAGACAGACUCUUGGAGCCACUUUUUGACGGUUUCAGCUACAGACAGUGCCCGCCGCAAAGAUUCAGUGACACAGUUCUCCGCUGAGCCCACUCAGCUGCGCGUGAUCAUGGCAACCAGGGAGCACUGUGGCAAUUGUCAGCGGAAAGAGACCGUCUAUGCAAGCAUUGCAAAGCGUUUUGGUGGUGCCGAAGUGUGGUUUGGUAUUGUCAACUGCUCCAACCCGUCAUCCGUUGAGUUGUGUACGCGACUUCGAGUUUCCGAAGACCACGGUUUUCCGGCGGUCUUUGCGUGGCGAGCACUGCACACAAGCAGAGAAGCCGACAGCCUGUGUGAGUCCAUGCCCAGCGCUGACAGUGGUCCUGAACACGAUUGGCUACGAAUCAACUACCAUCACGCCUUGUCGGAGGAGAGCAUUGGUGCCUGGAUUGAAGAGCUGCUUGAGCCAUCUGUUCGAAUGCGUAGCUCUGGUGACGAGGUGGCAGCGUUGCAGCAGGUAUGGCCAAGUACUGAUGGUCCUACUGCACAUCUUCAUGCCACGUUUGAAGUCAUGCCGCACAGCAAGACCAGGAGCUACUUUUCCUGGCACUGCUUUCAGCUGGUUUGCCGUCAUUUGUUCUCCGUUGCGAAAUGCUCGGCAACGCUGAACAUACCAACGACGCAGCAAGGCAAACUAGUGGAGCACAUGGACAACCUGCAUUACUACCUGUCAAAGUUGAUAUUUCAACGUGCCGACAAUGAAGGUACAACGCUGUUCAAACAUGGACAUCCGGUGAUGGGCACCAUGUCAGCUGAGUCCUCACAGAACUUACACGAUGGUGAUUCACUCAGUCACCAGCCACACAGAUAUGGAUUUCUGCCCACUAGCCACUGCGAGGACGAUGCGCACGUGUGCAGUAGAUACAUCGCACGGUUCGUCCAGGAUCAUGCCCGUCUCCCGGUAAUGCCACUGUCCUACACCAACUUCCACAUGGCCAAAUCUCUUGAUUCACUGCUACACACAGAUGCCAGUGGCUCUGAUGACAGCCUGCUGCCCUAUUUGAUUUUCAUCCAUGGAAGUGAUCAGGAGGACUUCUCAGAUCACUUGACCCAGAGAGGCUCUGGUCAGAGUCAAUUGGACACGUGGAUGCCGGUAUUAGAAGCAACAGGGCGUGCAUCUUACUCAACAGCCAAGACUGUUACGCUGGACGCAGAUGAACUAAGUAGCUGGGCAGAGCAGUUUGUUCCCGCUGGAUAUUUCUCCCGGUUCAGUGAGAACCCAGUGCCACGCCUAUGCUGGGUCGACAGGAGCAGCAGCCACAGCCAGGCAGCGUUCUACCCUCCACCGUCCGCGGCUGGAAAGCUCCGAUCCAUGGAGUGGAUUGUAGGCCAGCAAGACAACCUUAUCCAAUCUAUGGUCAAGUUUAUGACCACAGCCUCCAAGCAAAUUAUUCCAAGCGAGAACUUCUAAACCAUUAUUAUAAGACGUGGGAUAUCUACCGGUACAUUGCAUGUGUGUUGUCCACUAUAUUACGUUAAUAAAUACCAGAAUCAAUGGACGUAAUUAUAAUAACAGCCAUAUCCAUAGCUUCAUUAAGAUGUGUAUAACAAGUACUUAUAAUAUUAUGUGAUACAUGCUACCAUGUCAUCAUUAGAACACACGCCUAAUCACCCUUAUUGAACAUGAUGUAAUUUAUAUAAUAAUUAUUGUUGAAGACUUGAAACUUGAGCGGUGUGUUGUAGGCUUAGGCUAGCUAUCAGUUGGUGCCUUCUUCCCAUGCACUGCUAUGCUAGUUCCAACAGUCCACUCAUCCAAAAUAGUCCCGCUCAGGCUGGCUUUUGAAGCCCGAUUUUAGAUCAGUUUCUCCGUACAUUUUGCCAUGGCAUACCUGUCCUAAUUUUGUAAAAUCUGGCUGGAUUUCUAAUUCCCAGUCCUUGGA